AUGCUCACGAGGACACUUGUGUUGUUUGUCGCUGCGUCGAUUGUUGCGGCUCAAGCCCCUACAUACCAAGGGGCGCUGGUCAUCCAGCCUAUCGCCAGCAAUUCGAAAUGCCUCGCAUCGCAGAAUGGCCAGACCAAUGGCUCACCCAUCGUCGUCGCAGACUGCACAGGUGGAGCAGAUCAACUCUUCACCUUUCAGAACGGACAAGUCACCAUGUAUGGCGGCUCGAUGUGUCUCGAUGUGACAGACGGCGUCAACGCAGACGGAACAAAGCUUCAAAUCUGGCAAUGCUACCAAGGUUCAGCAAACCAGGCUUGGUACUACAAUUUCUGGGAUAACUCGCUUCAAUGGACCGCCUCGCAAAUGGAAACCGCAUACAAAUAUGGUCUUGUGGAACGCCCACAACGCAAAAUCAGUUCUGGAACGUUGGUUACGUUCUUGGCAUCUGCUCUCCCCAACCAGUCGCAAAUUGGCCAGACAGGGACCAACAACUGUGGAACCGGAUCCUCCGCCUCUUCAAUGUGCCAAACGCUGUGGCUCAACGGCAUUGAUGAUUUCUGCUUGUGGGGUCCACCAAACACCGCCGUUGUCGGUGAUUCAGAGCGUGAGAUGGUCGCAUAUUGCACGAAGCCUACACAUGGUGCCCGGCCGAUCCCUGCCGGUACCUUCUCCGGCGUCCAUUGGGUCAAGACUCCAGACUAUGUCCAGAUUACUGGUGCUGGUGACUUUACGAAAAUUCACAUCCCUGCGGGCGACGACGGCGGAGAGCUCGACAACCACGGGGCUGAUGGUAAUGGAAACCCAAUUGGUGGCCUGGUGUACGGAAACUCGUUUGGACCUUCACAACAAUAUCAUGAAUGGUCCGAGUUUAUCUCUUACAACGAGUUCUGCAUCCGCGCAUGCGUUGGCCCGAGUGCUCCGAGCCUCUGUAACCACAUAUACGAUGUAAUGGGCUGUCGUUGGAAUUUCCCAGCCAACUACGAUCCGGGCGUGUUCGAAUCGUGCCAGGGGGACGACUCGCUGCCCGCGGGUAUCUAUGGUACCUCUACAUGGUACCAAGGCGUUUCCCCCACUCCCUCAGCGCAUCCUAUUCCAGCAUCUUCAAACUGCGUGACCACCGCGACGGUCUAA